CAGGUAUGUAGAAGACACAGUUCAACUGAGAAAACUUUCAGCAUAAGAAUGAAGAUCACUGUAUUUCUCCUGCUGUUGCUGGUCUGCUCUGUCUCCACAGAUCAGUCUACACCAGAGACAGAUAAGGAAAUCCAUCUCCAGCAGCCCUGUCCACAGGACGUCCAUGCUGUGCUGAGAGAAAUGACCGCCUCAUUGGCUCAACUGAAGACGGAGAUGACGUUCGUACAGAAAGAGAACCAAGAGCAAGCAGCAAAACUGAAAGAGCUGGAGAAGCAGGAAACUGAGGUGGAGAGGCAGAAGACUGAGAUUAACAACCUGAAACAUGAGCUGAAAGUCAAACAGGUGGCGUUCUCAGUCUCUCUGUUGGCUGAAGGUGACGCGACUGUCGGACCCUUUGGCACCCACACUACUCUGAUCUUCAAACAUGUCGUCACAAACAUUGGAAAUGCCUACAACCCAAACACAGGUAUGUUCACUGCACCUGUGAGAGGAGCGUACCACUUCGAGUUCUACAUAGGUACGCAUGGAGCGAAUACAGCUGCUGUGUUGGUCAAGAACACAAACCACAUUUUUGCAGCACAUGAGGUCCAGUCGGCCAAUUUUGGGAGUUCUUCUCAAGGCGCUACACUGCUUCUAGAGGCUGGAGAUGUCGUGUUUGUUCGUCUGUGGCAACAGUCAAAGACGUAUGACAACUCAAAUCGCCAUACCACCUUCAGUGGUCAUCUGAUUUUCACUAUGUUGGAGGGAAACACUCCCUCUUUAUCUUAAGUGAAAAUAAAAGUCAGUAGUGACAGUAAUAGUACACAGGUAGAGACCUCAUGAUAUCAGAUUUCGACUGUUUCCUCAUUCAGCCUCACCUCAUAGAAUCACAGGAGGUUGUGGACAGAACAGUUAGAAUAGAUCAGAAAGGGACAGAACCAUUACAUUGUUGAUUAAUUGUUGUAUUUCUGCAUGUAUAACAUUUGAAAUGAUUUUUACUGAUUAUUGUUGUUAGCUUUUGCAAGUACUAACUGUGCUACAUUAAGGAAGCAGACAGAAAUGUAGAAUAGACAUAAAUAAUUAUGAGGAUUGUUGUUGAUUAUAUGUAUAAUGACGUGUUAAUCCUGUGUAACUGAUGAAUGAUAAGAAGUGGAAGUGAAAGCAGCAGAGAGACAGAAUGGACACAGAUGGCUGAAGGAAAUGGGAAGGAAAAUAAAGUGUGUUAACAAAUCA